UAUUAAUGAGUUUGAGAAGAAUAUAAACAGCAGAGUGUGUUAACAGUAUGGCGGUUAUACGAAGCGCUUUUGAUGUUCCCAUUCCUGAUACUCCUCAGUCAUUUCCACACUUUAUCUUAGCGACGUUCGAACGGCAUGGGGACAAAAUAGCUAUGGUUGAUAACUCCUCUGGCCAAUUCUAUACUUAUAAAGAGUUGAAGCGUUUGAUUAUGAAAUGUGGUUCUGCUCUUCUUCAAGAAGGGUUUGAAGAAAAUGAAGUGGCUGCAAUAAUUUUACCAAAUGUCGUUGAAUUUCCAAUCGUACUUUAUGGAAUAACGGCAAUUGGCGGAAUCGUUACUACAGUGAAUCCUGAAUAUACUGUAAAUGAAAUGAUUCACCAAUUACAAGAUUCUGGUGCUUCGUACAUAGUAACACUUCCAUGUUUAGUCAAAAAGGCGAUAGAAGCAUCUACAAAAAUAACUGUAAAGAAUAUUUUUGUCCUUGGAGAGGCAGAAGGAUGUAUAUCACUUUCUAAUAUGUUACUGGAGAAUGACGGUUCAUAUUUCCCCUUAAACUUUGUCCCAAAAAGCUGGAAAGAAGAUGUUGUCUUCUUGCCUUACUCAAGUGGUACUACAGGUUUUCCAAAAGGCGUUAUGCUAACACAUUACAACCUUGUUGCUCACGCUCUUAUUGCGACACAUGAAAGUUUUUAUGUUGUGCCAGAGGAUGGUUUGGUCAUGCUUGGUUUAAUGCCAAUGUUUCAUAUCUAUGGUUUAAGCGCCCUUCUUGGUUUAGGGCUGUACCUUGGAGGAAAAAUCAUAUGUAUGGUGAAAUAUAGACCUGCAGCAUUUUUAGAAUGCAUCCAAGAACAUAAGAUGAAGCAGUAUGAAUUAUUUUGCUGUCCACAGCUUAAUGCUCUCAACAUCGUGCCGCCUAUUGCAAUCUUUCUUGCAAAGGAUCCUUUGGUUGGAAAUUUUGAUUUGUCCCAUUUAAAGAGUAUUAUGUGUGGUGGCGCUCCGCUUGGAGAGGAUGUAAUCUACCAACUAAAAUCAAAGCUUCCACACGUUCAGAACAUCAGACAAGGAUAUGGAAUGACCGAAACUUCUCCAUCGUGCAUAUGUCCAAGAGUGGAUUUCUAUAAGCCAGGAUCUGUAGGCGUUUUGCUACCAAAUCUUCAAGCCAAGGUUAUUGACCUUGAAAAUGGCUCAAAUAAUGGAUCUCGACAGAUUGGAGAAAUUUGUGUUAAAGGCCCGGUCGUCAUGAAAGGUUACCUCAACAACCCCCAAGCCACAAAAAAAGCAAUUGAUAGUGAUGGCUGGCUGCACACAGGAGACAUUGGUUACUACGAUGACGACGAACAUUUUUUUAUAGUAGACAGAAUUAAAGACGUUAUCAAAUUCAAGGGGUUUCAGGUUGCACCAGCAGAAAUAGAAGCAAUCUUGUUGACUCAUCCUAAGAUUAAAGAUGCAGCUGUUAUUGGAGUGCCCAACGAAGAAGCUGGCGAACUGCCAAAGGCGUUUGUUGUGAGAAGUGAAGGUAUAACUAAACAAGACAUUUUACAUUUUGUGGCGGUUAAAGUUGCCCCUUAUAAAAGGCUAAGAGGUGGAAUCGAGUUUGUAGAAAGCAUCCCAAAGAAUGUUACCGGAAAAAUCUUGAGACGUGCACUGGUAGCAUUUAAACACAAAUUAUAGCUUUAGCGAUAUCUACUGGGUGACAGUGUUGGUUCUGUGAAAGAUCGGUCAUGAGAGUUGCCAUGAAAAACAAUUUUUCCUGCAAAUGUCAGAUUUGCUUAAACUGUUUGAGAAAGCAAUUUUUUUUCAACGGAUUAGCCUAUGAAAACUUUCUUCAGUGGCACCUGAUUAAUCGGGAAUGCGUGAAAAACCUUAACUUUCAAAUUUAAUCUUAGUGUUAUAUCUUACGUUUACUUUUUACUAACAUUAAUUAAGAAACAAUCCAAAUUUUAAUUUUAAGAUAAAGAAGAUGUGUAUGAUAAGGGUCUAGGCUGCUGAUAUUAUACGAUUAUUGGAUGAGGUUGAGCAUGUUAUAGUAACUUAUCAAGGCCAAGGACGUGUUAUCUGCCGAAGCCGUAGGCUGAUAAUUGAAAAAUUAAACGAGCCUUACCUGUAAGGUGAAGUUUGAUUGUGAUUCUACCAAAUCCAGGGUGACGCGCUGAGGGUUAACAUGAGAUGCACACGUGCUGCCGUGGAUGCUCAGAGUUUUAAAUGUUGUGGACACGAUAUAGAGAAAAAAACGGGUAAAAAGCACGGGUGGGAAAGCAGAAUAACUGUAAGGGAGGGCAUGUUAACCCUCAGCGCGUCACCCUGGAUUUGGUAGAAUCACAAUCAAACUUCACCUUACAGGUAAGGCUCGUUUAAUUUUUCAAUUCUACCAAAUCACGGUGACGUCACUUCCGGUUAACAUGAGCCUUUAAAGCAAUUAUUGUGGACACAACCACUAUUGACAAACAAAACAAAACUUUAUUAUGACAAUAACAAUUUAUCUUAAUACCGCUGCAGCAAAAUCAGUAAGCACAGGUUUAUUAUAGAAUGUCUGGAAAGUUGAAACUUGAGACCAUCCUAUGUGCUUCAAUAUUUCAUCAGUUGGAAUCAUCUGGCUUGCUUUGGAUGUAGCAGCUGCUCUGGUGCUGUGAGCCUUGAACUUUGUUGUA